CUCCCUCCCUCGCGGGGCCCCCGCGCGCUCAGCCCGCCUCGCGGAGUUCAGUCGGGCUGGGAGCGGAAUGCGCUGGGAUGCGGAGCUGCGCCGUCAGUAGGAAAUCCGCGCAAAACCCCGCACACUAUGGACAGCAAUGAUCCAUACCUGCACCUGAACUCUUCAGGGCCGAUGAGCGCCGCGCACGCACACCCUCCCCCUCCUCCGAUGGGUGGCAUGGUGGGCCACCCGUCCGUCAUCAGCACCUCCCGGCCGAUCCAGUCCCCCAUGUCCGGCCUGGGCCUGCCCAUGAACGGGCUGGCCUCUCCGUAUCCCGUCAUCACGUCGUCUCUGGGAUCGCCGUCCGUGUCGCUGCAGUCCACCCCCAGCAUGAACUUCGGACAACUCAACAGUCCACAGAUGAACUCCAUGAACAGCGUCAGCAGCUCCGAGGACAUCAAGCCCCCGCCGGGUCUGCAGAACCUGGGGAACCUCAACUACCAGUGCACCAGCCCGGGGGGGAUGUCCAAGCACAUCUGCGCCAUUUGUGGGGACCGCUCCUCAGGGAAGCACUACGGCGUGUACAGCUGCGAGGGCUGCAAGGGCUUCUUCAAGAGGACCGUCCGCAAAGAUCUCAGCUACACGUGUCGAGACAGCAAGGAGUGCCUCAUCGACAAGCGCCAGCGGAACCGCUGUCAGUACUGUCGCUACCAGAAGUGCCUGGCUAUGGGCAUGAAGAGAGAAGCGGUGCAGGAAGAACGGCAGCGUGGGAAGGAACGCGGGGAGAACGAGGUCGAGUCGACUUGCAGCUUCAACGAGGAGAUGCCGGUGGACAAGAUCCUGGAUGCUGAGCUGGCGGUGGAGCCCAAAACAGAGACGUACAGCGACAGCAGCUCCGGGAACUCCACCAACGACCCCGUCACCAACAUCUGCCAGGCAGCAGACAAGCAGCUCUUCACGCUGGUGGAGUGGGCCAAGAGGAUCCCGCACUUCUCCGACCUCCCCCUAGACGACCAGGUCAUCUUACUACGAGCAGGCUGGAACGAGCUGCUCAUCGCCUCUUUCUCACAUCGCUCGGUCACGGUAAAAGACGGCAUUCUGCUGGCGACGGGGCUCCACGUCCACAGGAGCAGCGCCCACAGCGCCGGAGUCGGGUCCAUCUUUGACAGGGUCCUGACUGAGCUGGUCUCCAAAAUGAAAGACAUGCAGAUGGAUAAGACGGAGCUGGGCUGCCUGCGGGCGAUCGUCCUCUUCAACCCGGACGCCAAAGGCCUGUCCAACCCAUCGGAGGUGGAGGCGCUGAGGGAAAAGGUUUACGCUUCGUUGGAGGCGUACACCAAACAGAAGUACCCAGACCAGCCCGGCAGGUUCGCCAAACUGCUGCUGCGGCUGCCCGCCCUGCGCUCCAUCGGCCUCAAGUGUCUGGAGCAUCUGUUCUUCUUCAAGCUCAUCGGUGACACGCCCAUCGACACCUUCCUGAUGGAGAUGCUGGAAGCCCCGCACCAGAUCACAUGACACCAGUCCUUCCCGCCCCCCCACCCCUGUACAUAACCCCACACUGUGAGCGUUUGAGGACGGAGAAAUUGUAAAGCAAAUUAUUUUGUACCAAGUAAAAUGUAUGUAAUAAAAUGAACAGUUGUGGUCGUGGGGACAGUGUUCUGUUGAAGCAAAUUGUUUUAGAGUUGUUAACAGAUUUUUGUAAAUAGUUGAUUUCAGGUGUUCGUUUUAAAAGCAAGACGAUAUUUCAAACAAAGGAAUCAUAUUUUAUUCAAAGAAAAUUGUGCAAAAACAACAAAAAAACAUACAUGCAUUUCAUAAAAAAUACAUUAAACAAUUCUCACAGAAUAAAGUUAUUUAAAAUAUAAAAGAAAUGUGUUUUUGUUUCAUGUUGUCAGAAGAGCUGGAUUUGCAGUUACACGGAAUGCCCACUAGAUGGAGGCAUUUGGCUCAUUUUGUUCACAGAGAAAUAUUUUUUUGUGUGUUGAGAAAGGAAACAACCACCCAAAAUUCAUGAUUAUGAUUACACAAAAAGAUUGCCACAAAUGUAUUACUUUUAAACCACAUUAAAAAAUAAAAACUUUGGAUUAAUGUUAAGCAAUAAAACCUGUAAAUAGUAAAUUCUCUAGAAGAGUCCAAUAUUUUUACACAUCAUUUUCACAAAUAAUUCAUCCGAUUUGUGGUAAUUACAUUUUGUUCAUAUAUAAAUUGAAUAUUUUAAAUGACCAAUAAAAGUUUGUUUAUGUAAUGGAUCAUUAUCCUUUGAUGCCAAAAUAUAAAAGAAAUCUGUUUUUGGUUCAUGUUGUUUCAACAGCUGGAUUUGCAGUUACACGGAGUGUCCACUAGAUGGAGGCAUUUUCUUUUUCAUUUUGGCUCAUUUUGAUCACAGAGAAAUAUUUUUGUGUGUUGAGAAAGGAAACAAGCGCCCAGAAAUACAUGAUUAUGAUUACACAAAAGGAUUGCCACAACGUUGCACACUUUUAAACAACAUAAAAAAAUAAAAUAAAAUAAAAAUUUGGAAUCCUAAUAAACAACAAAACCUGUAAACAGUAAAUUCUCUCGAGGAGUUCAACACUUUUACACAUCAUUAUCAAAAAAAAAAAAA